UGGACAUGUUCUCCUCUCUGACUGUCCACUGGGCUGUGUGUCCUCAGGCACGGGGGAGAGUGGGAAAACCACCUUCAUCAGACAGAUGAGGAUCAUCCAUGGAAGAGGCUUCUCUGAGGAGGAAAGACGGGACUUCGCCAAGCUCAUCUACCAGAACAUCUUCACGGCUGUGAAGGCAAUGACCCGGGCCAUGAACACCCUCAGACUGCCCUAUGCCUACCCAGAGAAUGAGAUGUAUGACAGGUGGAUGCAGGAUGUGGACACAGUGCAGGUCACCCAGCUGGACAGAGGCUAUGUGGAUGCCAUCCACCGUCUCUGGGCCGACCCAGGCCUCCGGGUCUGCUACAGCCGCCGCAGCGAGUACCAGCUGCUGGACUCCACAGAGUACUACAUGACCAAUCUGGACCGCAUAUCUGCCCCAGACUACAUCCCCACUGAUCAGGACGUACUGCGGGUUCGAUUCCCCACCACUGGCAUCCAUGACUACUCCUUCACUGUGAAGACCAUCACACUCAGGAUUGUGGAUGUGGGUGGACAGAAGUCAGAGAGGCGGAAGUGGAUCCAUUGUUUUCAGGACGUCACAUCCCUCAUUUUCCUGGCUUCCCUCAGCGAGUACGACCAGGUCCUGGAGGAGAGAGAGACUAAUAACCGUAUGGAGGAGAGCUUGGCUCUGUUCUACACCACCAUCCACUCCCCUUGGUUCCUCAACACCUCCAUCAUCCUCUUCCUCAACAAGACAGACAUCCUUGCUGAUAAGAUCCAGGCGUCCGACCUGCAGAAGUACUUCCCAGGGUUCACAGGAAAGCGACGUGACGCUCAGGAUGCUAUGAAGUACAUCCAGAAGAUGUAUGAGCAGCAGGCUCGCAGCCGGGACAAGGAGGAGAGCAAGACGCUGUACCCCCACUUCACCUGCGCCACCGACACCAACAACAUCCGCAAGGUAUUCAGUGACGUCAAGGACACUGUGCUCCUCAGGUCCCUCAGGGACUACGGGGUGAUAUGAUGGGCCUAGGGGCCCUCCUGCCUGGGGAGCAACACUCACUCAACAACCACUCAGGGCUGAAGAGAUUCUCCCCCCAUCCCUCCCUCGCUCACUUUUCUCCUCUCUCUCCAUCUCAGCACCAGUGGGGAUGCUUUCUGGUCAAACCUUAUUGUAGGAAGGAAUCUCUCCUUGGGGUGCAGACAGAAUGGACUCCUGUACACACACACACACACACACACACACACACACACACACACACUACAGGAUCUGAUCAUUGUUUUUUUCCCCUCUGGUUGUUAUUGUAUGAUGUUGUGUGUAAGGGCUUGGAGAUGCAGUGGCUCUACCAGUGCUUGAAACUGGACUAGAGAUGUCCAGUUUCAAGUGAUUACUUUGUGAGUGAUGACUUUAACAGGUGGAGAGGAGAACUCUAUAGCCCAUGUGUAUCACCAACCCCACCCUGUUGAUAGAAAAUGCCUCUGCUCUAGAGAUCACUACAGAAGCUUCCACUCUAUCAGUGCGUUGAAUUAACGAUACUGUACACGUGUUGUAGCCAUUACAUAACAUAACACAUUGCCAGUUUACACUUAUGAGAAGGUGCCACCAUAGAAGGCUUGUGUAACAUUUUGUGUUUGGUUUGUCUUUUAAUUGGUAUGAUUGGCACACUCAUAUAUUUCUCGCUGGAUUCCAGUUGUGAGAUGUGAUGAAGGCGGGAAAUGUGAGAGUCGAUGGGUUCCCCUGACACAGUAUGUUAUGGAACGCAAUGCUGUACUACACUGUUAUGAUUCUUGGUUUGGUUCAUUGUGGAUGUUCUUGUUCAGUCUCUUCCCCUAAUGCACUUGCCUUUACGACCAAUCACUACCUGCUAUACAUUGAGUUCAUAUGGGAACAACAAUGCCGGUGAAUCAAUACAUUGACCAACAAAUCAGAGUCCUUAAAGGGAUAGUUCAAUGUGUCAUUUAGUAAUUUGGGUGGUCUCCUUACCCUGUAAGCAGUCUAUGUACAAGGUAUGACAGCAAUCAAUGCGUUGGUUUAGUUUC